CUGUACACAUUUGGUUGCCGGCCGACCACACAGUUCCCCCCAAAACCCGCGAACAUCUCCCGCAUACCCCCGCAGCAACAGCAGCAGCUCGGCCGUCAUCGACAGCCCUCUCUCCGCCACUCCCACCAACAACACCACCAGCACAACCACUACUGCAACCACCAUCAUCACCACUAUUGCCACCACCAUCACCAACACCACCACCACCAUAGCGUUACAUCUUUUCUAACACACUCUAAAAUACAUAAAAAUUCACCUUCUGAUUGCUGGAUUGCGGGUAGAAUGCAAAGAAAAAAAGAAGGCAAAACCUUGACAACAGUGAUAUAUACCAUAACAGUUUCUCCUCGUUAA